AGCGGCCGGAGCCCCGGGCCCACCAUGGACCGCUUGGAGCGGGCCGCGCUCCGGCCGCUGGCGCUGCUGCUGCUGCUGCUGCUGCAGCUUCAGCAUCUCGCGGCCGCGGCGGAUCAGCUGCACCGCGGCCAAGGGCCGAUUAAGGAGUGCCAAGAGGACCAGUUCCGGUGUCGGAACGAGCGCUGCAUCCCCUCGGUAUGGAGAUGCGACGAGGACGACGACUGCUCGGACAACAGCGACGAGGAUGACUGCCCUAAGAAGACCUGUGCAGACAGUGACUUCACCUGUGACAACGGCCACUGCAUCCCUGAGCGGUGGAAGUGUGAUGGAGAGGAGGAGUGUCCUGAUGGCUCUGACGAGUCCGAGGCCACUUGCCCCAGGCAAGUGUGUCCUGCAGAGAAACUGAGCUGUGGACCUACCAGCCACAAGUGUGUGCCUGCCUCCUGGCGCUGUGACGGGGAGAAGGAUUGCGAGGGUGGAGCAGAUGAAGCUGGCUGUGCUACCUUGUGCGCCCCACACGAGUUCCAGUGCAGCAACCGCUCGUGCCUGGCUGCGGUGUUCGUGUGCGACGGCGAUGACGACUGUGGUGAUGGUAGCGAUGAGCGCGGCUGCGCGGACCCUGCCUGUGGGCCCCGUGAGUUCCAUUGUGGCGGUGUCGGUGGCGCCUGCAUCCCUGAGCGUUGGGUCUGCGACCGCCAGUUCGACUGUGAGGACCACUCAGAUGAGGCAGCCGAGCUCUGUGGUCGAGCAGGCCUGGGGACCACGUCCGCGCCGGCAGCCUGCUCCCCAACCUCCCAGUUUGCCUGCCGCAGCGGCGAGUGCAUACACCUGGGCUGGCGCUGUGACGGGGACCACGACUGCAAGGACAAGUCAGACGAGGCCGACUGCCCAGUGCUGGGGACCUGCCGUGGGGACGAGUUCCAGUGUGGGGAUGGGACUUGUGUCCUUGCAAUCAAACGCUGCAACCAGGAACAAGACUGUCCAGAUGGGAGUGAUGAAGCUGGCUGCUUACAGGAGUCAACCUGUGAGGGUCCCUACAAAUUUCAGUGUAAGAGUGGCGAGUGCGUGGACAGCGGGAAAGUGUGUGAUGCUCAGAGGGACUGCCGGGACUGGUCGGAUGAGCUUCUGAAAGAGUGUGUUGCACCAACAUUCCAGGGAAACAGGAGGAGGCCCAGGGGGCUGAACGAGUGUCUGCAAAACAAUGGAGGCUGUUCCCACAUCUGCACUGACCUCAAGAUUGGCUUUGAGUGUACCUGUCCAGCGGGCUUCCAGCUUCUGGACCAGAAGACCUGUGGCGACAUUGACGAGUGUGAGGACCCAGAUGCCUGCAGCCAGAUCUGUGUGAAUUACAAGGGAUACUUUAAGUGCGAGUGUCACCCUGGCUAUGAGAUGGACACAUUGACCAAGAACUGCAAGGCUGUGGCUGGCAAGAGCCCGUCCCUAAUCUUUACCAACCGGCAUGAGGUGCGGAAGAUAGACCUGGUGAAGCGGGACUACUCUCGACUCAUCCCCAUGCUCAAGAAUGUUGUGGCACUAGAUGUGGAAGUUGCAACCAAUCGCAUCUACUGGUGUGACCUCUCCUACCGCAAGAUCUAUAGUGCCUACAUGGACAAGGCCAGUGACCCAGCAGAGCAGGAGGUCCUCAUUGAUGAGCAGCUACACUCUCCAGAAGGCCUGGCAGUGGACUGGGUCCACAAGCACAUCUAUUGGACAGACUCAGGCAAUAAGACCAUCUCAGUGGCCACAAUUGAUGGUGGCCGCAGAUGCACUCUCUUCAGCCGUGACCUCAGUGAACCCCGGGCCAUUGCUGUCGACCCUUUGCGAGGGUUCAUGUAUUGGUCUGACUGGGGGUUCCAGGCCAAGAUUGAGAAGUCUGGGCUCAAUGGUGUGGACCGGCAAACACUGGUAUCAGACAAUAUUGAAUGGCCCAACGGAAUCACCCUAGAUCUACUGAACCAGCGAUUGUACUGGGUGGACUCCAAGCUGCACCAGCUGUCCAGCAUUGACUUCAGCGGAAGCAACAGAAAGAUGCUGAUUUUCUCUCCUGACUUCCUAAGCCACCCCUUUGGGAUAGCUGUGUUUGAGGACAAGGUAUUCUGGACAGACCUGGAGAACGAAGCCAUUUUCAGUGCAAAUCGGCUCAAUGGCCUAGAAAUCUCCAUCCUGGCUGAGAACCUCAACAAUCCACAUGAUAUUGUCAUCUUCCAUGAACUGAAGCAGCCAAGAGCUGCAGAUGCCUGUGAGCUGAGUGCCCAGCCUAAUGGAGGCUGUGAGUACCUGUGCCUUCCUGCUCCUCAAAUCUCCAGCCAUUCUCCCAAGUACACAUGUGCCUGUCCUGACACGAUGUGGCUGGGCCCAGACAUGAAGAGGUGUUAUCGAGCACCUCAAUCUACCUCAACUACGACGUUAGCCUCUACAACGACGAGGACAGUAGCUGCCACCACAAGAGCACCUGGGACCACCAUCCACAGCCCCACCUACCAGAACCACAGCACAGACACACCAAGCCUGGCAGCUCCCGUCCCAAGCUCAGUUAGUGUCCCCAGGGCUCCCAGCAUCAGCCCAUCUACCCCAAGCCCUGCAACCAGCAACCACUCCCAGCAUUAUGGGAAUGAAGGCAGCAAGAUGGGCUCAACAGUUACUGCUGCUGUCAUUGGGAUUAUUGCGCCCAUAGCGGUAAUAGCUCUGUUAUGCAUGAGUGGCUACCUGAUCUGGAGAAACUGGAAGCGGAAGAACACCAAGAGCAUGAAUUUUGACAACCCAGUGUACAGGAAAACAACAGAAGAAGAAGAUGAAGACGAGCUCCAUAUAGGGAGGACUGCUCAGAUUGGCCAUGUCUAUCCUGCAGCAAUCAGCAGCUUUGAUCGCCCACUGUGGGCAGAGCCCUGUCUUGGGGAGACCAGAGAACUGGAAGACCCAGCCCCUGCCCUCAAGGAGCUUUUUGUCUUGCCGGGGGAACCAAGGUCACAGCUGCACCAACUCCCGAAGAACCCUCUUUCCGAGCUGCCUGUCGUCAAGUGCAAGCGAGUGGCAUUAAGCCUUGAAGAUGAUGGACUGCCCUGAGGAUGGGACCACCCCUUCGUGCCUCAUGGAGCUCGGUCCCAUGCACUACUCUCUCUGGAUGGUGUAUGAUUGGAUGAAUGGGUUUCUACAUAUGGUCUGUGUGAGUGAGCGUGUGGAUGUGUAACUUUUUUUUUAAUUUAUGUUGCAGAAAAGGUAACCACAAAGUUAUGAUGAACUGCAAACAUCCAAAGGAUGUGAGAGUUUUUAUAUGUAUAAUGUUUUAUACACUUUUUAACUCGUUGCACUACCCAUGAGGAAUUCAUGGAAUGGCUACUGCUGAGUGACUAACCUGCUGUACAUAACCAAACAGGGGCCGAUGGUACAGUACCUUACUCAUCAUUUAAAUACUAUAUUUACAGAGGAUGUUUGAUUUGGGGGGAUUUUUUGGGUUUGGGGGUUUUGUUUUUUUGUAAAUACAAUGAUAAUGCUUUGUGGCUAUCCAUCAACAUAAGUAAAAAAGAACAAACACUUCAACUCCCUCCCCCAUUUAGAUUAUUUAUUAACAUAUUUCAAAAAUGACAUUAGUUCCAUAAAACAUUUAGAGAAGUGAAAGUAUUUAUUUUUGGUAUGACUGGCCCACCACACAGACUCUGUGUGUGUGUUUAUGUAUGUGUGAGAGAGAAAUCUGCAGAGAAGAGACACACCUCUAGUUACUGUUCAAAUCAUAAAAAUAGAUUUAUUUUAAAAUAGUCCACAAGAGGGGUAUCUGUAGUUUUCAGAGAAACCUUUGGAAAUUUGGCUCAGAAAACAGAUACCAAGGUUUGUACAAAUAUGUGGUGUGAAGAGACAGAUCUUUUUACCUCUGGCUAUUCCUGAGACCCCAAUAAACCAGGAAAAGCCUUUCAGCUCAUCUGGGGCUUCUUGUCUGUGGCUAAGGUCAGUGUACAGAUAUUAUACAUAGUGCCAGAAGUAUUCAUGAGUUCAAGAAAGAACAUGCCUAAACCUCAGCAAGUCCUUGUUAAGUUCAGCUCUUCGAGUAAUGUCUUCAGUUUCCUUCAGGACACUGGGGUUGAAUUCAGUAAGCUUCCUCUGAAGCACCCUGAAGGCUGCCAUCCUAACUUAUUUAGCUAAGUGGAGACAUUUUCAGAACAGUCCAUGUUUACUAUAGAGACUCACUCAGGCACUGAACUCUGAGACAUGCUGUGGGUGAAGAUAACGGUGGUGGAAUAGGUUUUGUUACAUCUCUGUUUGUUCUUUCCCUUCACUUUCUACCAUUUUCUUUAGGUGGGGAAAACAGUUUAAAGAAAUUAAUAGGUUUCUUACCAUCAUUUGAGCAUAGAGAUGAAACUAAAUCUUGGCUUAAAUCAGAAAAACUUGAAGUGGUUAAACCUGAAGUCAUAUUUGAGGGGAAGUGGCAUACAAAAUAGUACAACAUAUUGGCUAUAUAUGUUCACACAGGGAUUUGGUUUACUGGUUUGUAAAUAAAAGGAAAUACUCUGGUUAUAUGUA